CCCACCACCAAGAUUAACUAAUCACGGCAACACUGUACGUUUACAUUCUAACCUGUAUUUCUGCAGUAAUUUUCCAAAAUAUUUAAAAUUGCAAAAUUAUGGCCGAAGAUAUUGAAACAAUACCUUCCAUAACCGUAAAGGAACCGUUGGAUUUGGUUCGGUUAAGCUUGGACGAACGCAUUUAUGUUAAGAUGAGAAACGACAGAGAACUGCGAGGUAGAUUGCACGCCUACGACCAACACAUGAACAUGGUGCUGAGUGAGGCCGAGGAAACGAUCACGACAGUUGAAAUUGACGAAGAGACUUACGAGGAAGUUUAUCGGACGACGAAACGAAACAUUGCCAUGCUGUUUGUGCGAGGCGACGGUGUCAUCUUAGUUUCUCCACCGAUUCGUACCGGAUAAUUUUGAUUGUAUUAUUAGUUUAAGCAAUAAAAUGCGUAUGAUUCA